AUGGUGCUGUUCAGGCCGCUGGCACUGCUCCUUGCUCUGGUUGUCUCUGACCGCCACUGCCUGCCCUGGUCCGUGAGUAUCUCUGAGACACAGGGGCCUGGUGCCGCCUUUCAGUCCCUCUCCUUGAACUGCUCUUCACACGUGCCCACCUUGAAGCUGCUGCGCGUGCGGCCACCCACUACCUUCUUCGAUGCACUCAACCUCAGCGUAACCAUGUGGCAGGGGAUCUAUAUGGGAAAGCUGACCUUGAACAACACGGCCCGGCUGGACACCCUGGCCGUGAGCCACUACGAGCUACAGCUGCAGGUCACGUGUGGCACCCUUGUGAUGGAAGGGCCACUCUCUGUUGAUGUGCAGCGGGACCCUGACCAUAUCCAAUGUGCGGGCCGAUUCAUCAGCCCAGCUGGGGAAGUCAUCCAGGUGCCGGAAACUGUCACACCUGGAGCCAGACUGUACACUUUGCUGCUCCCAGACCUAAGGCUCCAGGGAGCCCAGAUAAACAUCACCAGUGCCCAGGACCCUCCACACUUCCCUGGGCCUUUCUCCAUCGACGGGCAGGGCUGGCUGCAGGCGCCGGCCCAGGGCCUCAGCGGCCAGGCUCCCAAGACCUUCCGGCUGCACGUCCUGGUGACCUGGGGAGCAGGCCGGAGCUGCGGAGGGACGCUCACAGUGCGAGUUCUGUCUGCCCCUUCCGGCCGGGUCUCCUUCCCGGAGCGGAACCGGAACAUCACCAUCCCCGAGGACCUGGUGCCUGGGAGUGAGGUGGUUCAGGUGCAGGCCCGGGGCUUGGACGUGCGCUACGAAAUCCUCUCUCCGGCGCCCUGCCCGCUCUUCUCCAUCGGACCCGCGGAUGGCGUGAUCCGGACCACUGGGCCCCUAGACUUGGCACUGGCCCCAGGCGCCGCGGUCACUGUACUGCAGGUGAAGGCCUUCGAGCGGCUCCUGCCGUGGGCCAGCGUCCAGCUGGAGCUCACCGUGAACGUGACUCCGGUCAACCGUUGGCCCCCGCGCUGCCACCCAGCGCUUCUGGUGACUCAAGUCCCCGAGACCGUGCCCGUGGGCACCGUGCUGAGAACCUUCACGUGUGCUGACCGGGACUCCCCUGCCUCCACCCUCGACUACCAGCUGCGGUUUCACGGCCCUCCUGGGCUGCCCAGCCUCUGCCUUAGCGGCAGGGAUCUGAAGGUCAACGCCACACUGGACUGCGACGCUCCUGGGGCCUGUUUUCAGCUGGCAGCCUCCGUCCUGGUGUUGGAUGGCGGUCAGCCCCCGAUGACCACCGAGGUGCCAGUGCUGGUGACGGUGACACCCGUCAAUGAGUUCUCCCCAGCUUGCGCUCCAAGCGUGUUCCGGGUCCGAGAGGACGCGAGGCCCCGCACCCUGCUGGGCUCUGUGGCGGGCACGGACAUGGAUUACCCGCACGACCGCAUAGAGUACUCCAGCCCCGGCGGGUCUGACACCUUCGCUGUGGACCGCCUCAGUGGGGAGGUUCGCCUCCUGGGGCCUCUGGACUACGAGCAGCAGAGGCUGCACAGGCUCACCGUCCUGGUGACCGACCAGCGCGGAGACCGGGACUCCGCCCACCGCCGCUCCGGCUCCUGCACCGUGACCAUCGAGGUCGAGGACGUGAACGACCAUGCUCCCGAGUGCGAGCCCCCGUUUCAGGAGCUCACCAUCCACACCUCCCCGGGCCGUAGCUCGGAGGUGACCAAGGUGUCGUGUCGGGUCCCUCAGGAGCCACAGCGCCUGGCCUUCUCCUACAGCAUCGUGGGAGGGGACAGUCAGAGCCGGUUCAGCCUGCGCGGGGCCGCGCUGGUGCACAGCGACGUGGCGUCGGGGCCCCCCCUGCCGGAGCAGCCCCGCACUUACGAACUGCUGAUCCGUGUGGCCGACGCAGGCCCCUCCGCCCCCCACCUCAGCACCACAGCUACCGUCAUCGUGCACGUGGUCCCCUGGAGGGCCAGCACAGCGGCCACCAGCACCCACAGAGCCACAGUGCCUUCCGCAGGGACGCCGCUGCUGGUGACGGACACAGAGACCUUCUGGCAGCCAGAGGCCUGGUUCGUGGCGGCGCUGACGGUGACCGGUGCCCUUCUCCUCUGGACUCUGGGCUGGCUCCUCCGCGGGCUCCUCCGAGGGUCGGCCUGGGGGCUACAGACACCCAGCAAACCAGCCCAGGCUCUGCGACUGAGCAGCAUCCGGGGAGCGGAGGGGUUCAAGGAGGGGUCCACGGAGGGGUCCACGGAGGGGUCCACGGAGGGGUCCACGGAGGCACCGAAGACGGAGACACGGCAGGCACCCAGCAGCAUCACGGGCCUCCAGCAUUUCGAUGGCAGAGCACAGGACUCCCGCACAGGCAGAGGCUACCUGUUCAGCACACGCACAGGAGCCCGGCGCUGGCUCUGA